AGCCUCCUCCAUCUACAUCCCAGCCAACUUCAUCUCCAUCAAAGCCACCUCCAUCUACAUCCCAGCCAACUCCAUCUCCAUUCCAGCCAACUUCAUCUCCAUCACAGCCUCCUCCAUCUACAUCCCAGCCAACUUCCUCUCCAUCACAGCCUCCUCCAUCCCCAUCCCAGCCAACUUCAUCUCCAUCUCAACCAGCUCCAUCUCCAUCACAGCCACCUUCACUUAAGCUCACUCCAUCCUCAGCUCAGGUGUUUUUGACCAGGCUGACUUCGUCCAUAGUGAGGACAACCAAGAAGACCUUUGAUGGACAUCCCAGGCCACAGCCCACGCCAAUGGCUCCCACCGGGCGUGAGCAAACCAGCCAGACGCUUGUCUUGUCCAGCCAUUCGACUGGCAAGUCCAGGGUGCCAGCUCUGCCCGGCACGAAUGACAUGGCACCUGGAAAGCCCUCCCAGAAUGAUGAAGGACAUAAGCAGCGCAGGAAAGUGGUCGCACUGGUCUUCUCUUUUUCCUGUGCAAUAGUGGCUCUGGCAGGGCUGGUAUGUGCGGGGAGGUACUUUUGGAAGAAGCAGCGUCACAAAAAGAGGCAGAUGAGCCUUUCCAACUGGGCCGGUCAGUCGCCAUUCCUAGACACUGAAGGAGAGAUGGAAAACUGCAAACUGGUCCAUCAGGGAGACACCAGGAGGGUGAGCUUCACCUCCAUCCUGCCCUACCCGCUCUCCAAGGAGAGCAGGUCCAUCGGGGAGCUGCAGCUGAUCGAGGUGUCGUCGAUGGGAAUCACCUUCGGGAAAGAUGGAAUGGGUGAGCCGAAGCCUGACCAGGCUGCAGACGGCUCGCCGCCGCCGGGCGCUGAUCAACCCCCCGGGCAAAGUAAACACGCCGAAGGAGAGGAGAUAGCAGAGGCCCCAGCUGCGGAAGAAACGGCUGGAUGUACGCAGGAUGAAAGGCCAAAGGCUGCUGAAGACACGAUGGCAGGGGGCGCCGGUCAGCAGCCCCCGCAAGAAGUUCCUGCUCCAGCACCGACCCAGACAUCAGAUGAGAAUCAACCCUCCCCGCCGACUUAACAGAGAUGAGCACUGAUCUGGGACCUGUAUUAGGAAGCAGGAUUUCUUAGUUAGAUAACAUGUCGGAUUUAAGGCGCCCCAGUUUAAAUGGACUUCAUCUUCGUUCGCUUACAUUUAGCCCAGACCACCUUAAAUCUGACAGGUUAUCUGGCUAAGUAAGAAAUCCUGCUUUGUGAUCGAGGGCCUUAGUUUAACGUGAGCCUACAUCAGGGAUGUCAAACUCCAGUCCUGGAGGGCCAGAGCCCAGCACAUUUUUAGGUUUCCCCUCAUUUAACACACCUGAUUCAACUCCUUGCACCUUCUUGUGCUAAUUACUGUACCACACAGCUCUUGAGCUGAAUCAUUUGUGGUGGAAAAGGGAAAGAACUAAGCUACACAGGACUGGAGUUUGACACCCCUGGCCUACGUCGAAACAAUGGUCACUCAGUCACACAUGGAUGAUGGAGAUGCGGUCAAAAGGAACACUUCCUGCGGGUGACAGGAGCUAUGCCAUUUUAGUGAUCCUUGAGUGCUUUUCACAGAGAGCCUUUUCAGCGCCUUCCGGGAGGACUGGUUAAAAGCGCGCUCACCCUGAAACGGUGAGGCGCGCAGCAUAUAUGCAAAAAUUUGCGUUUCAUUUGGGUGCGUGAAUUUGAUAAGGUCACUUGAUAAGGUGACACAUAUAACUAUUUAGGGAGUGUGGAAAAUCCCGGAAAACAGCCUUUUAUUUUAUCUAUGUAUUAUUAAGUUUUAGUAAUAAGUCAUGAUUAUGAAGAAUGCUUUUAGAUGUUUUCAGCAGAUCAGGUGAGUAUUGUGAAAAUGGGACAUCUGAAAAACGGCACAGUUAAACUUUGCAGUUAAUAUAUGUGUUCGGUAAUACUUUAUUUUCUCUUCUAUACAGUGUCCAAGUAUUAAUGGUUGAGAUGAUUCUGGGGAAAAAUUCCAGAAAGCCAAUUUUCAGAAAGCGUCCCGUUUUAAUAAUACUCAUCACGCUGUGCUUGAAUCCUUAUGGUAUAUGUCCUGGCUCGGCUGAUUUGUUUUACUGAUAACUGCUUUGCUGUUAUUAAAGAUAAAUAUCUCCUGA